CUUGACUCCGGUGCAUUGGUUAUACCUGACACGCACGUAUCGGUUAGACUUCGCGUACUGGUUGAACUUGACUCCCAUGUAUUGGUUAGAUUUGACUCCCGUGUAUUGGUUACACUUGUACUCACGUGUACGGUUGGAAUUGAAGCCCAUCCAUUGGUUAGACUUGACGCCCGUGCAUUGGGUAGACUUAAAGCCCGUACACCAGUUAAACUUGACGCCCGUUCAUUUGUUAGAUUUGAAGCCUGUGCACCGAUUAAACUUGACGCCCGUGCAAUUGUAAGAUUUGAAGCUCGUGUACCGGUACCGGACUUGACUCCCUUGCAAAGGUUAGACGUGAUUUCGGUGCACUGA